CUUCGCCAUAAUUGAGUCGCGGUGCAAAUUGGUGGUUUAGUUUGUGAGUGAAAUUCAAAGGUGUUUGUCGCACGGAACAAUUAAGCAAACAGAAUGCCAGAUAGCCCACCACCGCCAUUUGGAUUUCGUCCCGAAUUCAUGGGAUAUGCGGCUCCUGAGAGUCCGCAAAUGCCACCCCUGGCCUCCCUCUCGUACGCCAUGCCAAUGCCAUCCUUUCCGCCCGCACCUGGCCCAGAACCUUCCAGCUCAUCCACCUCUUCGUCGUCCGAGGCCAGUGUGGUGGAUCGGGGGCGAAAGCUGAUAAGCUUUGAUGUCGCCGGACAUUGUUGGCAGUACAUUGCUGAGGGAGCAGCAGUUCCCAUUGAGUCAGCCGUCCGAGCUGGUCGUGAUGCCGAUGGGAGCACCAUUUACGUCGGCAGGGCAUUCCACGAGGGUGAUAUGCUCCCUGCAAAGGUGAUUCCGGACAAGAACAUCGCAUACGUUGCCUAUGGGGGUGAAGAGCAUGCAAAGGAGGACUUUGAGAUUCUCCGUACGGGAACCUUUGUCUGGGAAUUCGCCACAAAUGGUACAGUCCCCGAAGGAGCUGUGGAAGUUGGUCAGACGGCAGAUGGGGAGAAGCUCUACAUGGGUCGCUGCCUGUACAAUGGUACUCAGACACCGGGAAAAGUUCAAGUCAGCCACGGAUGUCUCUACAUUCCAUUUGACGGGGAAGAGGUCAGCGUGGCGGAGUAUGAAGUUCUGGUGAUCAAGUAAAAUGUUUAUCCCGCGGGGGGCAUUACGAGAGACUCUCUGAGCACGGCGGGAAAGUUGUGUGUUAAAAGUUGAAUAAAAUUAAUUAAGCAAUGCAACAAAA